AUGUCGAACGAAUCUCAACCUCCCAAGGGGCCUCUUUCUAUUCGGGAGCCUAACGAGCAACUGCAAGGCGCGAGUCCGAAGCCUGAGUUCGGGAAGCCGACUGCUUUACGGUCCAUCCACAGCCAAUCCCAGCUCCCUUUCAACAUCCCCAAAAAACAUCAGCCGCGUCCUGAACAUCACAGACCUCCAACCGUUCGGCCGCAGGCUCAGUCAGAGCAUCGUGAUGUUGGUGGAUUAAGCGGAACCUCAGAUGCUACUAAAGCCAAACAAAGAGAACCAUUUGAUCCAUUUAAGCCAGUCAAGCCUUCUGCAUACCACAGCUAUCGAUCAGCUCCGUCCUUAGAUGAUGAAGAUGUUGUCGAGAUACCUCGUCCAGCCAAUUACACGUGGACCACGCCGCGGGCGCCGCGGACACUCUAUUCAUCGAAACCAACCGCACCCAAGAUGUCGAGUUCCUCCAAGAACCUUAAGAAUUUCAUCGAUCUCACCACGAAUGACAUUAGCUUUGCCACAAAUGCCGGGAACUACAAGGAAGAAGUUGAUUCCAUAGAUGCGUAUUCUUAUGUCGAUGCGGCUAAAGCCCAGGAGAAUAUCAAGGCGCUGCUGGAGGGUGCAUUCGAGGAUGAGGAUGACAAACCGCGCACAAGGUCUAGAAAAAAGAAGAUCGAGGCAGAUAUCAACGAUCUAGCAGCCAAGUUGCAGAAAGUCUCCGUCAAUGAAGCCGCAGACAAAAAGGAUGGUGAGAAUGGCGGCCAAAAAGAAGAUGAGGAGGAGGAGGAAGAGGAAGUAGAUGAUGGCACGAGGGAGGGCCUGAAAGUCAAAUUAUUGCCGCAUCAAAUUGACGGUGUGAACUGGAUGUGUGAUAAAGAGACGGGACAGAAGAAGACUAAGGGCGUCCAUCCCAAGGGUGGCAUUCUCGCAGAUGACAUGGGUCUUGGGAAGACUGUACAAUCCAUCGCAUUGAUACUCAGCAACCCAAGGCCACCGAAGGAGAAGGAAUUGGAGAGAAAGGACGAAGAAGCAGAUGCAGAAGAGGACACUAAAAAGGUCGAAAAUAAGAGGACCCUGCCUCCCGAAGUGGACAAGGGGACUUUGAUUGUUGCCCCUCUCGCUCUGAUUAAACAAUGGGAGUCUGAAAUUGAUGCCAAGGUUGAGGAUUCCCACAAACUUCGUGUUUGUGUCUAUCACGGGGCUGGACGGUCGAAAUAUGCCGACAACCUGAAGGAUUACGACGUUGUUAUCACCACUUACGGCACUCUCAGUUCCGAACAUGCUGCAUCGAGCAAAGGAACGAAAAAAGUUGGCUGCUUCUCCGUCUACUGGUACCGGAUCAUACUCGAUGAGGCCCACACGAUAAAGAAUAGAAACGCAAAGGCAACACAAGCUGCUUGCGCCCUAGAUGCGGAGUAUCGGUGGUGUUUGACUGGGACUCCGAUGCAGAACAACCUUGAUGAGCUACAAAGCUUAAUCAAGUUCUUACGUAUUAAGCCGUACAAUGACCUGGCUGCGUGGCGAGACCAGAUUACCAGACCGCUGAAUAAUGGACGCGGCGGUCUUGCGAUCAAACGGCUUCAGGUCUACCUAAAGGCGUUCAUGAAACGGCGAACCAAGGACGUUCUCAAACUUGAUGGCAAUUUGAAGCCCAGUGAGGAGUCAGCCACCAACGGGGAGGAGAAGAAAGGCUCCGGCGGGUUUCAGAUCACCAAGCGUGAGGUCAUCAAGGUUACGGCGGAAUUCACUCCGGCGGAGAUGGAGUUUUACAAACGCUUGGAAAAGCGGACUGACAGCCGUCUCGCGCAGAUGAUGGGCGGUUCUAGGCUGGACUAUGCCAGCGCCUUGGUCCUGUUGCUCCGCCUUCGUCAGGCAUGCAACCAUCCAGACCUUGUGAAGAGUGAUCUUGCCGAGGACAAGGAUGUGCUCUUGAGCAACAGCGCCUCUGGCAAGCAGUCGAAGGAGACAAAGCAGGAUGAUCUUGACAGCGUUGCUGAACUUUUCGGCGGGCUUAGUGUCGUUAGCAAGAAGUGUGAUAUUUGCCGAGCGGACCUGACACCAGAGGAAUCCAAGAGUGGCUCGAGCAGAUGCAGUGAAUGCGAGGCUAGCUUGGACAUUGAUAUGGUCAAGACGAAGGGGAAGGAGAAGAAAAAGCGGAAAGACGAGAAGAGGGAAGAAACUCCCUCAGCGUCGCCUCUUGCCCGUCGAGAUUCUGAUGCUCGCAAGGCUCGUUCCCGAAGAGUUAGGCCAGUCGUCGAGGACAGCGAUGAUGAGGAGGAGGACGGAGAGUGGAUCGUGCCUAAGGACCAGCGUUCGACCACUGACCUAGGCAAGGCGGGAGGCACCGAUGACGAGAAUGCAGAAGGAGGCGGAGAAUGGCUGAACUCGGAAGAUUCUGAGACUGACGAUGAAUAUUCCUCACCCCAGAAGAACGAGGUGAUCAGCCUUUCGAGUUCUGACGAGAAGGAAGACGCUAAUGACUCUGAUAAUGAUGAUGGGGAGACUGACGAGGGUGAAUCGAAUGAUUCAGAAGAGGAGGAUCUGAGUGACGACGAUGACGAUGAGAAUGAUGUCGUGGCAUCCACUAAGAUCCAAUCCCUCAUGAAAAUUCUGAAACGUGAGGCUCCCAAGUACAAAUUCAUCGUGUUCUCCGUGUUUACUACGAUGCUGGAUAAGAUUGAGCCGUUUUUGAAGCGUGCGAACCUUGGGUUUGCCCGCUACGACGGCGGGAUGAGGAAUGACCUGCGUGAAGCAAGUCUGGACAAGCUCCGAAACCACCCCAACACACGAAUCCUGCUGUGCAGUCUGCGAGCUGGGUCUCUGGGCCUCAACCUGACUGCUGCAAGUCGGGUGGUGAUCCUGGAGCCAUUCUGGAAUCCGUUUGUCGAAGAACAAGCUAUCGACCGAGUCCACCGCCUCAACCAAACACUCGACGUCAAGAUCUACAAGAUGACGAUCAAAAACACUGUUGAAGAGCGGAUUCUGGAUCUACAGGAGCGCAAGCGAGAGCUGGCGAAUGCUACGAUCGAGGGCAAGACGGCUGCGGCGAAGCUUACCAUGCGUGACAUGAUGGCGCUGUUCGGUCGCGAGGCGGAGGCUCGCUUUGACCAGGAUAGCUUUGAACUCGGUCAGAAGACGCGACUGCUGGGGUCGAAGGAUGACGACACCGAUGGCUUUGGUUCUGGAAGAAGUGGUGACGUCUCCUCUUCGCGGUCCACUCCACAGGAUCAAGGCCGUCGGGAGAAGGCUGUCAACAAGGCCAAACGGCCGCCGCGGGUGGAAGACUCGGUUUAUGGCAGGCGGUGGUGA